UCGAGAAGACUACGCGUACGCACACGGCCUGAGAGCCAUUGGAUACUCGCCACAUCGACUCGCAGAAGAUUCACGGGCUCGAACCGUCUACCUUCGACCGAGUCGCUCAGCCGCGCAAGCUCCUUCGGGGAUCCUGACCGGGCCAGGUGUCUGACGAUUGUGCCCAAGCGACAACCGCACAUCGUGGAACCCGCAUUAUUUGCUUGGGAAAAGAGGGAUCUCGGUAUUGGAAAGAAAGAGCACAGUCGUGAAUGAUGAAGGCAUGGGUGCGGAUAUACACGGUGCUGCUGUUGCAGCUAUUGGGGGUGUGCGCUGUGGAGAUGAAAGUCGAUGAGUCCCGCAGAAAUCAACAGGUCUGCUCCGGCAUGUACUCAAGAAAAUCAUGGGGAGGGAACAUUGAUCCAUUCAUUCUGGUCAAGUUCGUGAAGCCAGAUGAUCUACCGGAAACAGAAGAUCCUAUUGUCAGUCUGGUCGUAUUCGAGUGGAGCGAUAGACCACUCAUAGGUGCGACGGUGCCGACUGAAGAUGGGCAAGGGACUAAGGAAGUAUUCCUUUGUGACGAGGCCAGUCGAGACGCCAAAUUGUGCGAAGAUUCGAACUUGGGCGAGUUCAUCGUCUCACCCAACGCAACAACAGCUUCGAAUGCUCUGAUCCGCACAGAAGCUAUUCACCUCAAGGAGCCCGGAGCCAUCAACUACCCCAUCAAGCGUACAGGCUACUACUGCGUCUCUACAACCGGCUACAGCACAGAGAAGUACAUGGGCAUCGUCGAGUUCCGCAACGCUUUCGGCGAGCUCCCCGCCGCGCAGAUCGCCAAGUUGCCUUUCUACGCCGGCAUCACACUGAUCUACGCCUUCCUCGCCAUGGGUUGGGGCGUGCUCUACUGGAUGAAUCGCAGCGACAUACUCGCCGUGCAAAACUACAUCACAGCGAUUCUGUGCUUCCUCGUGGUCGAAAUGUUCAUCACAUGGCUCUUCUACGACUUCCAAAACCGACACGGCCUGAAUGCAGGCGCCAAAGCCCUGCUCAUCGUCGUCUCGGUCCUCUCCGCCGCCCGCAACUCCUUCUCCUUCUUCCUCCUGCUCAUAGUCUGCAUGGGCUACGGUGUGGUUAAGCAUACUCUCGGACGAGCAAUGCACUGGGCUCGCGCUCUCGCCAUCACGCACUUCGUCUUCGGCAUCAUCUACGCCGUCGCUUUCCUUGCUACAACCCCGGAAGAUACCGGUCCAAUUGUUCUAUUUGUCGUCCUCCCCCUCGCGGGCACGCUGACAGCCUUCUACAUCUGGACGCUCAAUUCCCUCAACUACACGAUGAAAGAUCUCGUCGAGCGAAAACAACACGUCAAAGCCGGCAUGUACCGCAAACUAUGGUGGUGCAUCCUCGCGAGCAUUGUCGUCAUCUUUGUCUUCUUCUUCGUCAACUCCUGGACAUUCGCGGGCCAGACUGGUUCCACAGCGGACUUUGUGCCGAAGCACUGGCAGACGAGAUGGUUCAUCCUGGACGGGUGGUUAAAUUUGGUAUACUUUGCGGACGUCGCGUUUAUCGCGUACGUAUGGCGGCCAACGGUGAACAACCGACGGUUCGCCAUGUCAGAUGAGAUCGCUCAAGACGACGACGGCUUCGAGAUCGCCUCCAUGCGCUCCUCCAUGGACCUCGAAGACGUCGACCUCGAAGGCAACCCCAGCAAACCACCGGCCUACGAUCCCGCGCCACGGUCCGGUGCGGGAGGAUCUUCUCGCACGGCGAAUCCGAUGCGGGAUGCCUCUCCUCUACCCGCUCCGCAGCCGACAAAACCGACGGCGCCGGUGUUGGGUAGGGAGAGUUUAGACGGAGAGACGAUUUUCGCACUUGGAGAUGAGGGCGGGUUCACGGAUGAUGAGAGCGAGGAUGAGGGCAGGAGGUUGACGGGGAAGAAGGAGUAG